AUGCCUGAAGCGACAGGGAAUAAUCCUAACCCUGUAGACUUUAUGGCUGCCCUGGGAAACAUGGCUGCGGCUAUGCAGGCGACAGCCGAAGCCCUGGAAAACCAAAUGAACAAUGAGAAUAAUGGCAAUAACGGCGAUGAGGAUUCUAUGACGCUUUUCUCCUUUCUGAAGGUUUCUGAAGAGCAGUGGGUUAAGUUUCGAACUUAUCAGUUGCAAGAGUUCUAUAAGAAGUACUUUCUCAGUUCAGUCAGAAAUGCUAAGGAACUUGAACUGCUUCAGCUAAAACAAGGUCAGAUGACUGUUACUGAGUACACUAGUAGGAUUGAGGAAUUGUGUCAUUUUUCACGGAUUUUUCAAGGAGCUCCUGAGGAUUUUGCUGAGUGGAAAUAUAUCAAGUAUGAGGGAGGCCUUCAGAGCGAUAUUCUGAGUUUUGUUGCACCUAUGGAGAUCAGGGUGUUCUCUGAACUCGUGAACAAGAGUAGGAUGGCUGAGGAGUGUCCCGGACACUUGGCCAAUAACUGCCCAGAGAAGAAGAAGUAUGAGACUGGUAGAGUGCAGCAGCCAGGAAGAGUGUAUACUACUUCCGCAGCAGGUGUUGAGGGGUCAAAGACACUGAUUAGAGGUAACUGUGAGAUGGCCGGUAAAAUUUUAAAUGCCUUAUCUGAUUCUGGAGCAACACAUUUGUUUAUUGCAUUUGAGAAGGCUGAUGAAUUAGGAUUGAAGAUAGUGGUCUUGGGUUAUGAUUUAAAGGUGUAUAAUGCUACCCAUGAGGCUAUGGUAACUAGGUUAGAAUGUCCACAAGUUCCACUUUGA